AGCUAUCACCAUGUCUGAACUGACACAGGUCUGCGAAGACCCGGACCAAUAGACAAGACAGUCAGACCACAAACUAAUACUGAGAUAUUAUUGUUCUCCACAAAUCAAAGCGAAUGUUCGUCAUUUGAAGCUCCUGUACGCUACUGCAGCCCGCGUGCUACAUGAGGCAUGACAGAGACACAGGACAAUGAGGUGGAGGAGGCUGACCAGAUCUACUUGCUGAUGAAGGAGGAGUAUCGGAUUUCUAGGAAUGUGCGUUUGGCUUGGUUCCUUGGUAAGCUUAACCAAAUCAUCUGGCCAGUCUCGAAGCCUGAACUGCUGAACUCAGAGAAUGAAUUGGACUUGUUGAGCAUCUUACCGAAAGGAUGGCAGCCAGAUUUCUCCCCCGGCGUGUACCCCUAUAUGUUGAUGCCGUCCACUCGGGCCACCUUCCUAGCCCGGAGGUACCGCUUCAUCAUCGAGCUGGACCUCAGUCCUUCGACAGGGAUCGUGGAUGACAGCACGGGAGAGAUGAUCUUCGAUGAGGUUUUUCAUGCCUUGUCAAGGUGCCUUGCCGGUCUGGCCCAACCAUUCACUGUCCCGGGAACUGAUCAGCUUUUCAAGCCUAAGAUCUUCAUCACAAUCUUGGCGUAUUCGUCCAUUAUCGGCCUCACUUCCCAUCAGGUUUUGGUGCAGGGCUGUCAGCUCGAAAGAACAGAUCUCAGUGAGUUCCUGCAUCACAUCUAUCAGCAGCUCAGAGCCGUGGAGAGCAACAUCGCUGAAGUCCUACAUCAGCAGCAUGAACAGUCUGUGGAGCCAGUCCAAAACCCAGGUCUUCAUAGCAACAACCUGGACAGCCAGCCUCACAGAAAGCAGGGAAUUUCCAUGGUGUCAGCUGAUAUGGGUCUUGUCAGCAUGGUACGCCAGGGCAUUUUGGCCCUUCAGCUGCUGCCUCCAAACUCCAGUGCAGGUAUCAUUAUAAUUACAGAUGGAGUGACCAGUGUUCCUGAUGUAGCUGUGUGUGAAACCCUGCUGAACCAGCUCAGGAGUGGAACCAUUGCCUGCUCCUUUGUGCAGGUUGGCGGUGCAUACUCCUAUGACUGCAGCUUUGGAUACAUCCCGAAUGUAGAACUGAUGAAGUUCAUCUCAUUAGCUACCUUUGGCUCAUACCUGCCCAGCUGCCCUGAAGUGGAUCUGACCAGCCAGGAGAUGAAUGCCUACCACAAGGCCUUCUUAACCUACUCCUUCCUCAAGACCCCUGAGUCGAUGAAUUCGGAAUACUACUGCGUUUCCCAGCACAAGCUAUUCAAUGAGCAUCUGGUGUCAGCCAGUGGUAACCCUGCCCUGGUCAUGAGGAGGAAGAAGCACACCGAGAAGGAAGUCCAAGCUCAUUUAAUCAGUGUAGUGUCUGUGCGACUGAGAGAGGGCUAUACCAUCAGAGAGAUCAGCCUCACCAAAGGUGGGACUCAGUUGGAGGUGAAGCUGGUGCUCUUAUGGAAACACAACAUGCAUAUUGAGUACCUGGCAGCUGCCUCCUGGCCACUGGACCCAGCCAAGAGAACCACAAGGGUGGAGGUGACAAUGGAGGGAAGUUAUGACAUCCUGCACGACAUCAGCUGCACCCAGAGGAAACCUAUCACCAGCCCGUACCGUACCUCUGUCAUCCGCCGCUUUUGGAACACACUGCAGAGCAUCAACCAGACUGAUCAGAUGUUGGUGCACCUCCAGGCAUUUAAUUCAAUCCCUGAGAACUACAUGAUUCCUGAAAGCACCAAAAAUGGAGUUCCUCUGUUCUACAUCCCCCCUGGCUCUACUACUCCGGUCCUGUCCCUGCAGCACAGUGCAUCCAAAGACUCCCCUCAGUCCCAGUUUGCUUCCUACUGGAAACCCAUCCUCUCCAUGGAUGCUAACUUCUGGCAGAGAUGGCUGCACAUGCAUCGCAUCGCCAUCAUCCUUGAACAUGAUAUGCCUGUUCCCAAACACCUGCACACAGCUGGAAAUAAUGGACGUUACAGCACCAUUCAGUGUCGUAUCUCCCACUCUACCCUCACAUCACUGCUGAAGGACUGGAGCAGCUUCGUCCUGGUGGAAGGCUACUCAUAUGUUAAACUCAUAUACAGUUUGUCUGACCAGCCUCCCACAUCCUUCUAUCUGGUUCGUCUCAUCUCUAAGACCCCCUGCAUGGUGCUGCGUCUGGGCUUCCCUAUUGGUACACCAGCCCAUGUUAGAAACAAGAUUGUCGAUGAGCUGCGCGAGCAGAUUCUCAAACUCCGCUUCCCUCACCGUGUUCAAAACAAAGAGACCACACCCAAGACCAAGAUAACUUCAUCCAUCCCUGCUCUCAAACCUGCACUGUCAGACAGACCCUGUGUGGUGGUCCUCAACAAGCCCCUGGAGAAGCUGCUCAUAAGGUAUGAUAAGCUGCCGCUGGACUUCAGGGCUCCCUUCAUUUUGAAUAUGGAGCACUUCCUGCAGCCCUCCAACAGUGCUGUGCCUCUCAGCAUGGCAGCCAAUCGAACGGCCUCCUCCACCCUGGCAUCUCUGUCCCGUUACUUCUUGCACCAGCGCUGGGUGUGGGCCGUGCAGAGCAGCCAAGGGCCGGCUGUGCCCAUGCAAGCUAUUGCUCACAUCCUGUCCAUGCUCUCGGACAUCCGCAUAUCAGAAGGCUUCCACUUUGCUGCCACUGGAGAAGGCAUUGUCAACAUGGUGCUUGAGCUGCCAAUGAAGGGGACGUUGGGAGACACGGACAGAGAGAGUCACUCUUGUAUUGUUCAGUACAUCCUGUUUCCACCUCACUCUACCUCUACAAAGGACAGCUUCUCCACUGACGAUGACAACGACACCGAGGUGGAGGCUGUAGACAUGGACACAGAGCUGAACCUGGUGACAGAGUGCUGGGUAGAACCACAGAGUGGCACAGUGAUGAACUGUUUGGACCAGCAUCGCCACUUCCAGGGCCUCAGUUACCAGGAGAUCCCACAAGCGAUCUUCCCAAAGGAUCUAAACUGCAUGUCCACCAUGAUGACCUUUGAGUAUUUAAACCAGUUGUGUCAGAAUAAGGACCAGGUCUGCUCACUACCAGCUGGACUCAAGGAUGUGACAGGAGAAGCUCUGGCCUCUGAGGACAACGUUCACAUGAUCCCAUUUCAGUUUGACCUUAUUCAGCUACUCCCAAAAUGCCAGCAGGUUGAACUCCUCUUCCUUACAUUCAGUACAGCGAUGGAGAAUGUGGAGGAGAUUCACAGCUCCCCCUGUCUGCCGAACGAGAUCCUGCUCAGCCUCUUCCACAAAAGCCUAGAGCACGAGCUCAGUGACAGAGAAAUCCCGUUAGCUGACAAUUACCAUUUUGCCUUUUUGCACCACAUCUUAGAGCGAGAACGAGACGGCCAAGCCGCUCCGUUCUCCGUACCUGUUUUUAAAGAUGAUUGUGUGCAGCCUCCAGACAGACAGGACACUAUGACAUCAUUCCACACCACUGGCAGCAGCAAAGAGGUGAUGGGAUCUACCAGCACUUUACAGAGUUUCAGUAAUGCAGACUUUGUGGAAGAAGAGCCCUUGCUGGUGAAUAGCAGCUGCUCUGUGCCACGGUGGAGGUGUUACGCCAAGUACAUUAGCCCCCAGCAGAUCCUCCUCACCUUCCUCCCAGUUUGUUUCACGGAUGUUCUGAUGUUGAUGGAAACAGGGUUGAAGAAAGAAUCUCAGAGUAACUACAGCAUGCAGGAGGAUGACACUAUGACACCCAGCAACAAAUCACUGGCUGACACCCUGUCUGGUUCCACCAGUGGGCUGGAUGGUUCUGAGUCCCACCUCAGUUUGGCCAGUAAACAGCAAGGGAACUCCAGAAAUAGACAUUUUAAUGCCAGGUCCCCUGUGCUCUCACCUCAGUCCGAGGGCCAGACAUGGCCUGCUGACUCAAUGAUGCCGGAUCAAGACAGCAGCGGUCAUAGGGUGUUAGACACAAAGACUGGGACCCCAGGCUCAGAUGUCGGAGAAAAAGAGGUCCAGUUCUUUGAACCACAGACGACUGAUUUCAGCUUUGGCAGUCAAGUUGCCCAGCAGAGCACCAGCGACAGCAGCCAAAUAAAGUGUCCAGUCUAUGUCUACAACUGCUCUCUGGAGCACCUGAAGGAGCAACUGGUGCACCCCAACUCCAGCCGCCAGCCCAGGGACAUCUUCAGAGCUCAAGAUGCUGACUUCUUGGAAUUGUAUCUGCAGAUGAAGUUCAGGUUACUGUCUCAGGACCGCAGCAGUCCGUCCCCUUGGACAGACCUCCUUGCUCAGCCUCACAAACACAAGGAGCUGGCUAACUACUGCAGCCUGCUGCAAGAGCAUUACCAUCAGAGCUACGUCAAAGGUGUGUACCGCAGCCUGCAGCAGUCCUACAGCAUCAGCUCCCAGGAUGUCCUGACGACCAUGGACUACUGUGAAGAAUCUUUGCAGGAGAUUGAUGUCACCUCCUUCCUGCACACCCUCUGUGGACACAUUAGGGACCACAAUGACCAUGGUGAGGCUCCUGCAUGGGGAGGGAAUGCAAAACUUUCAAGGACAUCUGCCACCUUUAUCAUCGGAGAGGUUGAGGAGGAGCGGCCAGAUGAGAUGGCUGCCAUGGAUUUAUUCUCCAGGGAACCCUGUAUUGAAAUAGUGGAUGCCAGCAAAGCUGAAUCUGUCGGGAAGUCAUCUUCUCCAAUAUCUCCACUGAUUGUGGAUGAAUCCAAGACAAUCAAGAUCCUAGAAUUCCCUCUGACACUGCUUCAGUCACAGCCAAAGUGUGAAGUGUACCCAGAUUUGCACAAAAUCAUACAGGAUAAAUUCAUGGAGAUUGUGUCUCAAUAUUUCAAAACUGUGCCGUCCAAUCCGCACUAUUUCUUCUACUGCCCACCUUCAACCAAGAAAGAGGAGGACUCAGAGGAUGGUGAGAUAGAGAGGAGACCCAGUGAGGAGUUGAUGUCAGAAGCUGAGGCUGCUACAGAGGACGAAAAUAUGCCAGCCUUCUUUGCCUCGGAGAGUGACACGGACUUGGUGGUGGAGUAUGAGGAGCAUCCAGGCACCAUCUACCACGGAGAGGGUGAAGACCAGUCCCUGUCAGAUUCCAACACUGUCAAUCAGGACCAGGACUCCUUCAGCAUCCUAGAGGGAGACUCCCCGCUGCAGCCUGAGGGGCCACAGCUGGACAUGCCACCGCUGUUUGUCCACAUCACAUGUUCCGUUAAUAUGAAAAGCUGCCAUGGCUCAAUGCCUAUACAGACACUGCCUACCUGCCUUUGUGAGAUUAUUUCUUGCCUGGAGAAUGCUGAGGAUUUACAGUCUGUGGAUUUGAAUGAGCUCUCAGUCACUUUAGACAUUUUUGUCCUGACACUACCUCUGGAAAUUGAUGUCAUUGGUGAUUUCCAUCACAACAGGUACACCUCUGAGAGCAGUGUGUCCCUGAAUCGUUCACCAGGACAGCCCUCCUCCUAUCGCUCUGAUGAGGAGUUAAUGACAGUGUUGGACAGUCUGAGGGGUGCUGGUUUUGACGGGGUCUCUGGUGAUCCCUUAUCCAAACUCCCAGUGCCUCACAAGUUAGCAAUUCUGGCCACAAUGGACGAGAUCCGUUGGCUGCUGGAGGAUGAGAUCGUCUCUGCUCUGCGGCAUUCUCAGGUCAUCAGCUUGGCUACGCUACAGAAAGUAGCAGAGCAUGUUUUGCACUCUAGUGGUCGCCCGCACUGUCACUGUGAAGAUGUCCCGCUUCAGUUUGUUUUUGGGCCUGAGCAGUCUCUGGAAAAAUUCAAAGAGGAGUUCCGCAGAAUGUCGUUCUCUGGCUAUGUCCUGAAUGGACAACAGGACAAUUUCUACUACAUAUCCCUGAGCAGAUUGCACCCACAGAGGAUACGUGCCACCAAGAGGCUGUCUGAGAGCACAGCAGACCCCUCACCACACACCACCCCCUGCAGUGGUGCGACACAGGUGGUGGAUAGUAUGCUGCAGAGUGAAAGAGAGGCUCGGACAGCAGUGGCAGACAGCCAGAGUGAAGACAAGAAAUCUGUUGCUCCCACUGACGCAGCUGCAGAUGCUCGUGAGCCAAUCAGAACCUUGAAGCUUGAAGCCGAUGAUACUGUUUUUCAGCCAAGAACCCCCCAGCUCCAGACUUAUCACUGCAUCGAGCAGACCUCACCACCCAAGACGCCGUCCAGUGUCAGCCUGGCUGAGUCCAUGCAGUCAGCCUCUCACAGCUGCGGCAAACUAAGGCCAAGUCGGGUCCAGAGUGUGGUCUCCAGCCAGGGCAGUCUGGACUCUGACAUGCAGGGUUAUGAUGGCGGCAGUAGUGAUUCUGAGUGCGAGAGCCCCAUCCUGGAUGAACAGGAGUGUCAGUCUACACUGCUGCCAGAUUUCUGGCUGAUUGUUAAGAUCCACCAGGACAGAGUGAAGGUCUACUCCCAUUCCAGGUCCUUCACAGAAGCAAAAGAGGUCGGUCCUGAGGAGAUGGAGAAGAAGGAGGAAGAGCAGGAUCUGCCUGAAUACCUACAACUGCAUCAAAUGGUGGUCAGGAAGAUUGGGGAAAUCUGCAGAAUAGUCAAUCAGCGUAUGCUGCUGCAGGACCUACACGACAGCCACGUGUGUAACUCUCUACUGGUGGCUGAGAGUGAGGAAGACAUCUGGAAGAAUGAGUCUCUGUACAGGCAGAGGCUUAACAACUCUGAUGAUUACAACACAGAGGAGAGCUACCAGGCCAGAGACUACCUGGCAGCCACCAUGCAGUUCAUACCGGGACAUUUUGCCUGUGACGUGGUGUGGAGCACAAUCAUCCACAUUCAUCCACGCCUCAAGAUAGGACCAAACAUGGGGGUGUCGAGGGCAAUCCAGGCCCUGCGCUCCGUGCUCAACUCUUUCUGUGUGGUCAACAGGAAGAACAUGUUUGUCUACCAAGAGCGUUCAACCAAAUCAGUCUUUUACCUAAGACUUUAUGAAACAGGGAAGUACUCUGACAUGGAUGGAAACAUGACUCGCUCCAUUGGGCUUCUCAGGAGUCAAGAGCCCUCGUUUUCUGAGGACCUUAUGGGAUCCAGGUCUUCUCUGGAGGGAUCUCGGCCAGUUGGCCAAGUCGACAAGCACAUCCUGCUGCUGGUACAUGGAGUGGGAAAUGCCGGUCCAGAGAUCACAGAUGAGCUGGUGAAGGUUCUGCGAAAGCGCCUGGACGAGACCACCUUGGACAUCAUCACUGUCAUGCUCGUCAGGAACUGCAAGCUGACGCCAGCUGAUGUGGAGUUCAUCCAGCCAUCAGGAUCUCCAGCCACUGAGGUGAUGAACUUCUGCCUCCCUUGCUACUGUCUUCCCCGGUUGCCCGCUGUGGCUCACUACCUCAGGCAGAACCUACUCAUCUUCCUGCAUGUACCCAAGUAUACUGACAGCAACACAGCUCACCAUUUCAAGCACUACCUUCAUUUGAGCAGUGACAUGGCUGACGGGGAUAUCUACCUCUACAAUAAACCUGGAGGCCAGGGGACAGGAGGCAAAGGUAUUGCCUGUAUCGCCCUCUCUUUCGUGGAUGCCCAUGGUCAUCCCCUUCAGGGUCCAGCUCAGGACUGUGGCACACUGCAGAGAUCAGAAAACCGCAUCACCCCUCUUCACCCAGACAACUUUGAUGAGCUGACCACUGUGGUUAAAGUGGACUCCAUCAUUGUCAGCUCAGAACCACAGCUGUAUGUGCGCUUUGACAUCUGGGAACAAGGCAACGUCAGCCCCUUACAGCUGAGUGACAAACUGCAGGGGGCACUUCGCCAUGCUCUCUGUGAUGUUGUCAUGGAGCUGAGAGUCCUGCCAAACCCUCUCUGUGUGGGCUUGCUGUGCCAAGCAACCAAAGAACAGAGAGAAGAGGCUAAAGGUCUGUUGAUUCCUUUGCCUGAGGUUAAAGAAAUGAAGGACAGUCCCAGGCAGCGCAGUGGCUCAAGGGUCUUUAAAACCAGCCCUUCUCCCAUCACUUUAACCCAAGUCCCAGGGAGCGCGACCAUGACAGGGACUAGCACACCUGAGUCCACCACCCCCACUGGCAAGAGCACCCGUCGGAGUUUCUGGGACAUUCUGAGCAAGCCAGACUCCUCAGAGAUCGGAAGCCCUAAAACAACUGACGACAUAGUGCAAGAAAAAGGGGAGGAAGGUCGAGCUGCUCGACGAAGGCACAAGACCGAGACCAUAAAGCAGCAGUGGAGCCAGGAGAAGGCAGUGGCUGUAGAGUUGGAGCAGGCCCAGAGGAGGCAGGUGUCUCAUUUGGAGAGGGGAGAUGUAGGCACUCUACACCCUGUCUACCAGCUCACAUGCCAGCCAUGGAUCACUUUCAUGGAUAAGCUUGACUGUCCCUCCAUUCAGCAGUGCACCGCUGAAAUUGCCUCACACUUCCUGCUUCCAUCCAUUUUAGCAGAGGUUGUCAGUUUGGUCAGUUCUCUGGCCAGCGAUACGACCGUGAGGGUAUUUGAAAGGACAAGUUGCCCCCCAUCUGGAGACAUAUUUGUUCCAUUUCCUCUGAUGCAGAACCUCAGCCAGCCUCCAGACGCUACAAGGAGCUUCAUUCUCAUUGGCCGCAACUUCAAUCAAUGGCAUUGUAGCACAGAGCAAGAAGACAGUUCAGAUGAGGAAAACGCCCCAAUGCUAAAUAGGUUCACACCUCAUAAGGGAUUUCAGCGCUUCGAGGCUCUGGAGCAGAGUGAUUGGUUCAGUCCAAGCCAGGCUGGGGCAGGACUGGCACCCCGCCAAAGGUUCCUUUUCAUUAGCAUCAUGGAUAAAAAGGUGACUCUAUACAGCUAUAACUGGAAUGUGGACCUGGGCGCCUCCAUGAAUCGUGAGUUGGUCCGUCUUGUCAAGUGGCAGAAUGCGAGGGCUCAUGUUGUCCACUGCCUGCUCAACCAAAAGAUGGGCCUCUUCCAUCACUACUGCUUCUCUGAUGCACCCAUUCAUGAAAUGGACUUCAAGCAGGAUCCUAACCGGUUCCUCAGCCCCUCCAUGGAACCUGAUGCGUUGCUGCGUAGUGCAGUUCCUCCUUUGCCCAGUAAAGAGCAUGGCAGGCUGGGUAGCACUGGCCGAAGUCUUGCUCCACUCCACUUCCCCUCUGAGCUGCUCCCCUUUGAUGAGGCUCUGAGGGACAUCUGUACCAUACGACCCUUGGUGGAGGGGGAUGUGGUGGCCCGACAUGGCAGCCAGCUCUUGGAGAUCAAAGCUGCUGAGCGGAGAGAACUGGAGAAACAGAUGAAGAUAGAGAACUUGUUUGUGACUUGGCAGCAGAGGUCAGCACAGUCCAACAUGCCCAUAUCAGGGGCAGAUUUGGAGACCCUGAAACAGUCAUCCAGGCUGGUCCACUACUGUGCCACACCUCUCCUCUUUGACCCCAUUUUCCGCAAGCAGAUCCAAGAAGAACAGAUUGUUCAGCCUCCAGUGAAGAAACGACAUCGGUCCAGUGACUCCACGACAUCAGGUCGGGACCGAAGUUACAGCACCGACUCAGCUGACAUACUGCCCAGCCGACGGAAGGAAGAACCUUGGCUACUCGAGAUUUGCAGCACCUUCCUCCAGCAGUAUGUCCAGUACCUGCAGAGCAUGGGCUUCAUUUUGGUCCAGGUCCGACCUCAGUCUCCAGCUCGCAGCAUUGCUCGGGCUCGUGCUAACAUGCUGAACUCUAUGUCGUCGGAAGGGAGGAUGUCUUUUUCUUACGUAAAGCAGAAGAGUGAGGACAGCCCUAAGAUUACAGCAUCUGGCACCACUGCAUAUCACCUCCAGAGGGCGCUGCCAGGUGGGAUUGUGCUGAUGGAACUGGCUUUUCAGGGCUGUUACUUCUGUGUGAAGCAGUAUGCACUGGAGUGUUCCCGCAUUCCAAUGGGCCAGACAGUCAAUUCCCAGGGCAGCCUCCUCACCAAACCUCGUUGCAAGCAGUUUCCAGAUGCCACCCCAGUAUCUGACUGUGCGCUCUCCAUGCUCUUCACCGAGGAGUGUGAUAAGGUGCGGGACCUGAUGCACGUUCACUCCUUCAGCUAUGACUUCCACCUGCGAGUGGUUCACCAGUACUUGGUCGGCUGCCACAUGACACUACGCCAGGGCUACCAGCUCACUGACUUCCUGGAUGACUUCAUCUCCCAUCACCCAGACAUUCCCAAGUUUGGCCGCAACCAUGUCGUCCAAGGGAGCUUCUCCAUUUCUACCGGGAUGAUAACGGCUCACCAGCUCUACAACUACAUCACCGACCAUGCCAUCACCUAUGGCAUGAAGCCACUCCGCAUGUCCAAGACUUCAGUCACCACUGAGCACAAGAAAGGCACACCUGACCUGCACGAGUACGCUCUGGUGGCUCUGUGGAACAGUUCGGGUUCUUACAGAGAUCUGGAGGGCCUGCACCACCAUGAUGACUUUGACGUGUCCCUGGUGGUGUGCCAUAAUGCAGCUCCAUUUGAGGAGCAGUCCGAUGGGGAGAGGCAUUUGUUGAAGUUGCGGUUUUAUGUGAUCAUGACCAGUCAGAGAGAGCUCUUCCCCCGCCUCACAGCGGACAUGCGUCGUUUCAAGAAGCUACCACAGAUCCACCGAGAUCCUGGUGAGCCAGGUGGUCGGCUCCCCCCAGAUCCAGGAGAGACCUGCGCGUCACACAGCACCGAGCAAGACCUCUGGGAGGACACUCCGUCGGAAUCUGCUGCCGCCUCGGCCCCCAGCGAUGGGAAUGAGUUUUACCCUUUGGCCAGGGGAGGACCAGACGCACACAGGCUGCUCUACCCCACUCCUCUGUUCCCUCUACUUAACAAUGAGGUUUUGUCAGCCCGCCGACAGAUCCAGACCAGCGUGGAGCAGGCCAUGGGUCACUGCCGCAGGGAUAACCUGUGGAGGAGACUAUUCCAUGGAGAGCAUCUGGACAAACUGAAGCUGACCAAGCUGUCAUUCAGUGAACUGGAAGAGCUGCUGGCAGCUGUGCAGAGUCGCUCGGUGGGGGAGAUCGACCCACAACUGGACUGUUUUCUGACCAUGAGUCCAUCCUGGUACCAGAGUCUGAUAAAAGUCCUGCUGAACCGCUUCCCUCAGAGCUGCAGAAACUUUGACGACAAUGGCAUCCAGUAUCUGGCAGUACUGAACCAGAAGUUCACAGACUGCUUUGUUCUGGUCUUUCUGGACACUCAAGCAGGAAAAACAAGUCUAAAGGUUGUGUUUCGGGAGCCGCUGCCAUUACAGCCACAGGCCAGCAACAGCCCUCCUCCCCAGCUAGUGUCCAUGUAUCAUCACCUGGAGUCCGUCAUCAACACAGCCUGCUACAACCUUUGGACCGGAAUGUUGUAGAGCCUAUCAGUGCUCGACCUGCAGGUCCAAACGACCACGAUCGGCACAUGGAAAGAGGAAGCAACAGAAAAUGAUAUGUGUUUGGACAGCUUCUUGCUAGUGUCAAGCAGCUGCACCCUUCACUGCGGUGUUGGCCUCAGUUCUACCUUGCUAUGCUAGAGCAGCAUUAAGCAUCAUACUGGAUGGUGAUGUCACUGUGUGCAAUGGCCUAUUAGUACACAAUGCAUAUAGCAAACAUUUUUAGAGGUCAGAGAACUGACACCUGACCCAAAAACCCAAGACAGUUGGUUGACUACUACUACUUGAUAAUUACUUCCUUGUGCAUCAGUCAGCUCACUUAGCUCCAAAUUUGUCAGAAAGGCUAAAAGCUAAAUGUAAAGUUAUGUUUAUGUUAUGUUUAUGCAGGCCAGUGACUAUUUUCGCCCUGAUCUCACAAUCUAUCCUUAGUGGAUAAACCUUUUAAUUCUCCUGUUGCAGAGUAUGUAGCUGCCAUACGAACAUUACAAUACUACUCUCUACAGCCGCAAUUACAUCACGUAUUUGGGCAAUGUAAUGAUAUACAGUUUAAUGAUACUGUGUUAUUUCACUUUGUGAUCUUAAAUAGUAAAACUACCAGCAGUGAAGUCCUUGGAGCUAGGCUUACAGUUUCCUGCAUUGUCAUAGAUUAAUGAACACCUCAUAAGAAAUGAAUACACAUUUUCAACAACCAGAGAAUAAGUAGAGCUGCUUCUUAAAUCUCAUUAUGUACGUUUUAUUUCCACUGAAGAUCCAGGCAGUCUGUUCUGUCUGUUAUGCAACAAGAUGGCAGUCUCCGUAAAAUACUUCUCCAGUGCUAAUGAAACAAGGCGCACAACAAGGAACAGAUCAAACUGCAGACAGCCAAACAAAAGCAAAUUACUGAUCUGGCAGAAAAUUGUUCCAAUUCUACAAUUGCUCAGGGACGAGUCAGGUAAAGAUCAGGCUUCAUCUACACAAUGUCUGCUCAAGGCCACACAGAAUGAGAAAGACAAUAACCUCCGUCAUCUUGUUACUACAUUGAUAAGGAGACAUUGACAGGAUUCAGCUCAGCAAACUCGUAAUUAUUCUGAGCAGCACAUCCUAGAGUUGAGGAUAUUAACGAGUUUGUACCGUUAGGGGAAAGUGGAGGUGAAUGAAGUCGUUUUCAGGGGUCAGGUCUGUUUGAAGAGCUUUUUACUGACUGAUUUCAUCUUAUCACUCAGAGCAGGUAGAAUGCGAUGUGGAAAACAGAAAAUAUUUGUCCAUCUCUCAUGAGCACAGUACUGGGCUGUGACAUACUCUGAUGAUCUGAUAAGGAAACAUUUAGGUGUUCCCCAGUGGAGAAGACACUGCUAUAUUCUUUUUUAAAUCUGUGACUAAAUGUAGAUCAGCAGUUUGGAUGUACUCAGUUUGAUGACUCAUGCUGAAAUGCAUCACCAGUCAGUCAUUAGCAACCAACAACAAACACUUCUGACUUCAAAAAUGCACAAGUUUCAUACUCAGUUUGAUUGAUAGGUCAGAGACAUCCUGGAUCCUGUGCCUUCUGAUUGCAUUUUGCUAGCACUUCAUACCACAUCAGUGUUUUAUAUUUUAAACAAAUGACAGACAGCUAAGAUGUCAGUGCAGUGGGAAGACUUUUAUGAUUAGAUUUCCAGGAGUGUCAGAGGAGUGUCCCACUUACGCCCCACUGCCAUAUCUGGAGCCCUGAAGUGCCUUCCCUAUUUGUUCCUUUUUUAAUUCUCCAACCUUUGAAGUGAUACUGUUAUCAUUCCAUCAUCUCUGCAUAGACGACCUGUAGAAACACACUCUCCUGUUCUGCAGUUAAAGUGCCUCUGUCAGUUUGAAUUAAUGUGACAAAAAUUGCCUUACACAAGUUGGAAAAUGGGUCAUAUUAAAUUUGAUGAUUUGCAUAAAUGGCAUGCCAAAUGUCAUCAGCGCUGUGUUUCCAAAGCAUGUUCAGGGUGAUGAGUUUGACUUGUGUAUUCUGAAACAGUGCAGCUGGUAAUCAUACCUCAAUUUAUAAGAGGGCAUGUAGCCUGCCUCAUACAGGAGAGUUGAAUCAUAGGUUUCAUGAAUUACAUAUUCAAGCCUUAUUUGUGUUCACCGGGAGGAAACCAAACAGGUUUGAGCUCCUUUGUGGAUGUAAAAUGAAGAGUUGUUGAGCAUAGCAGCAUUCUAAGAGGAUUUAGUCUCAAUGUUAAACACUGGAUAUUAAUGAUGCAAAAUAUGAACUGUUAAAGGUUAGCCCUGCGCAAUUUGACACUGUAAUAUUAACAAUGCACCCUCUCUUGACUGUAUGAUUAACAUUAUAUAUGUACAGAAUACUUUAUACAGUAUGUGAAGUGCUAAAUAAACCAGUAAGAUAAA